GAUAACGUGCAGCGUUACUUAGCAUAAACAGCUAGCGUAGCCGCGAGUGUGUUAUGAGGUCUGAGCCUGUGCAGAUUUAGCAAACCACCAAGACAAAUUCAUCAAAGAAAAAUUCUCACCUGCGAACAGAUCACUGUAGGUUUAAAAUUCUGAAGGUCACAUUUCAUCUGGUACAGUAACACUGUAGCAUCACUGGCAGUCCUGUGACCUAAGAAAAUAAUGUGCUGCAGCUGAAGAUGGGUGGUAGCGGCUCCAAAUCCAAAGGAUUUUGGCCUUUUUCUGGCUCAGGUAGUGUGGAUGAUCCAACCAAAGAUGGAAAUGAGCAGUCACUGGCAAGAGUUCGAAGUUUCCCAGGUGCAACACCUUUUGUGUUUACUAGACGAAGCUCUAUGUUCUUUGAUGAAGAUGGUGACUUGGCCCACGAGUUCUAUGAAGAAACAAUUGUGACAAAAAAUGGACGUAAAAAGGCCAAACUGAAGAGGAUUCACAAAAACCUAACACCUCAGGGAAUUAUAAAGCUCGACCACCCGUGCAUCCAUGUAGAUUUCCCAGUUGUCCUCUGCGAAGCCUGACGAUGUCUGAGGAGCCUCUCAGACUAGCCACUGUGUCAACUCCGUCCUGUGGUUUCCUGUACAGCUGGAAGCCUGAACCACGUUUUAAAAUAACAUGAUCUCUAGACAUAUUUGAUGCCCUUAUGUGGACAGCCCAAUGCAAUGUGUGCUGAGCCUCUGCAUGUGAUCUGUUUUUGGCUUGUGUGCAGACACAGAAUAGGUCACCAGUGGGGAUCUAGAAGGGUGCCAAGUUGGCAAAAGUAAUCCGUUUACAGAUCAUGGUUUGUGUGCAUGUAUGUGUGAAUGUGUGUGCAGACACAGAUUGAUGUGUGACAGUCCUGAAUUUGUUGCUGCAGAUUGUUUUCUGGUAUAAUCCACUGAACUCUAGGAGUUCAGGGGGGAUGUAACCAGUUCUCUCUCCUGUCACAGUCAUAUACUAUGUAGAGCAGCAAAGUUUAAGUGCACACUUUAGUUUUUUGACAACACCAUGACUUGCUUUAUUAUGCAUGGAACAGGAUCUGCUUAUUGGUAACAGCCGAGGGAGUUGACAAUCAGUGGCCCACAAAAUCUAAAGUGGAUUAAUGUCAUAUUAUAACUUUGGAUGGACUUGCUUCAGUGACCUCAGAGCCACACAUGUACACAGCAGCAGUGAGUCUAAUAAGAGAUCCUGUUGUUUUCUUUGCUGCUUUGGCAUACUGUUUCACUUUUAAUUUAUUAUAACUGUUUUUUAAUUACAAUUUGAAAUGCUGAACUGUGUCAUGGUCCUUUUUUAUAUUCAUACAUUAUCCUUGCACAGCAUAUUAAAGUGCAUUUACUAUGGAUAUACUUAAGAAUUUCCUAUAAUAAUUCCAGUGAGACUAUCUGGAUUCUUUUAAAGGACUUAAACGUUUCUGAAGAUGAAUAUGUCCAAAGUUUUAAGGGUAUGAACUAAACCUGAAAAAAAAAAAAAUCCUGUAUUCCUAUAUUAAUGCACCUCCACCUGGACUUUUAUCAUUGUGACUAAUGUAAUUUUUAAUCCUAACUAAAAUGCAGGGUGAAUGAAAGAAGUUUCUGGAGGAAAUCUCUUUUCAUCAGGUCAAAUGUGGUUUUCCAGGCUGAGCCUUUAUAUAAGAAUUAUUUGGCAAGCUUAUAUGAGCUGUUUGUCAAAUAGUCUUUUCUAACAAAAGAUAAUUCAACUUUUCAUCAAAGGUUGUGAACACUAAAAUGAACCGACAGGACCUGUUCACCCAUGUAGUGGAAAUAAUGCCCCUGACCUCCAGCUGUGAUGAUAUUAGCCACCUGCAGAGGAAAUUGUGAAGGCAAACCAUUGUUUGGAGAUGAAGUGUGUGUAUGUGUGUGUGUCUGCUAAUGAGGUAUGGAUGAAGUUAAGAGAGAAGUGAAGGUCUCAAUCCAUGCCGUCUCCAUGGGAAAAGGGUUUCUAUAAAGCUGUCUGUGAUAUUGUUCUCUUUCGAGGAUAAAGAGGGCUAUGCCAAAAUCCACUCCACUUUAUUGCUUCCAUGAAAUGAUUUUACUCUACAUAAGUCCUCUGGGCAAGUACCUCUUUUCAGCUGAGUCUGGAGGGAGGCAUUGCUGUACCUUUUGUUUACUUUCACAAAGCUGUAAUAAUAUGCAAGGCCAUGAGGUGAAUUGCAGUAUUUGGGUUACAAGAAAAGACUUGACUCAGCAAACCACCCAUGCUCCGACUUUGCUGACAAAACUCUGGGCACAUUUUAAAAUGACAUUUCAAAGUAAGGCAUUAUUCACAAGGACCAUCACAAUCUUUUACCUUAUUAACGAGGAUGUGUGAAUUAUUUUGAUUUUUUUUUUUUUUUUUUUUUUUACAAACCUGCCGUGUCUAAACUGAAAAAUCAUAAAUGACUUAGCUGGUUUACCAACAUUCUCUGGAGUAACUCCUCAGAAGAGAAAUGCAUGGGUCAGGGGGUUUGAGUGUGUGUUUGAAGUUAAAAGGUGUGAAAAUACAUACUUUGUCAAUGUAAGCAACUUGAUGUGUUUCUUUGUCAUUAGUUCAAACAGAGAUCUUACAAAAAAUCUUUUUGAAGUCCUUCAUUAACUCUCAGAGGAUUGAUAACCCAUUUGGUUCCACAAAAGGUUAUCAAUAAGCUAUGUUUACCUUCUCAGCACUCAAAAAUUUGUAUUUUUGCGAUUGUAUGAGUCCUUACCAUCUAGAUAGUAUGAACGAGUCAACUUAACAAUGCACACUCCAACACUGCAGGAAGCUUUUAUAU